AGUAUAAUUAGUUAAUUUUGAAAUCACUCAAAUUGAUUGUAAAUUAGAUGAAACCACAUUUUUGUUACAAUCUAAAUAAAUGAUAAAUUGCAAGAUUUUUUUAUGGCAACACGGGUAUUUGUUCCUUGUCCGCAUCUUUUCGCUCCUUCCUUGUUUUUCGGUUCGAAUGACUGAAAAAUGUGUGAUUAAAUAUUCUUCCAGUUUGAGUAAUUACCAAAAUUUGAAUAAAUAAAUAAAAGCUGGACUAGCACUGAAGAUAUGAAGAAAUGCUUGCAGUAUAUGAAUGAAUGUGAAAGCGGACAUGGAUGUUGAAAAUAAUCAGAAAACAACUAAUGAACAACCUGUACAGAAUUCUGAGGAACAUAAUGAUAAACUUCAGAAAACUUUUUCACAGAUAAAUGAAGAAUCGUGUGAUCAAUAUAUAAAUGACAACUUUCAGUUGGAUGAAAUAUUGUCUGAAUUUCUGUCUACUCUGAUGGCUCGAAACUAUAAAAGUGCCUUGCAUUAUUGCAAAUUGAAUAACUACGGAUCAGAUGAAUGUGAUGAAAGUGAAAGUAGUGCAACAAAAUCAGAGUCCUUGUCUGAAUACUUUUCAAGUACAUCAGUUGGUACAGAAAACCUGUCUUCGAGUUCUUUUACAAGUGAGGAAGACGAUGAAUCUGUUAAUUGACUUGGAAGGAAAAAUUACACUUUUAAUUUUUGUAGAUACUCUUUUAUUGUUUUUAAAUUAUUCUAUGAUAAGGGUAAUAUUAAUGUCUUUUAUUUCAGAUUUUCUAUUUACUUGGAUUUAUUUUUUUUGUUUAUUAACAUUUUAUUUGCUUAUUUAAAUAAUUUUUCACUAUCUAAUCAGUUGAUGUCUUUACUUAAUAUUAUAUUUUAAUGUUAUACUUUAACUAUAAACAUCUGAAUUAAUUGCACUGAAUAUGAUUUAAUAAAAAGUGUUGCCUCAUACAGAUAAUUUAUUGUAUUGCACAAAGUUAAGUCACUUUUUAAUUUUAAAAAACGAUUAUUCUAUUUGAAUACAUUUUUUUUUAUGCUAAGUGAUUGAAAGGCUGAAAUUGUAUGUGGUAUCAUUAAUAUUUUUAUGGAGUAUUUAUUUUUUGUCUUAUUCAUAGUAAAAAUCGCUAGUACAAGCUUGCAUCUGCAAUAUAAGAUAAAUGUGUAAUUAAAUUGCAUUUGAUAGGUUCAUUUAAAAUAUUCAUUUCAUAAUUGAAUUAUACAUGAAAGUUGUAUUUAUUUUUAUGACAUUGCUUCAAAUGUUAUAUUAUAUUCUAAUAUAUCAAUUGUGCAUAGAGCGGGUAAAAAAAGUGUCCAUAUGGAACACUAAAAUAAAAAUAAACUAGCAUAAUUCUUAAUCUUUGCUUUUUAUCUUUGUAAACUAUUUAUAUAUGGUUAAUAUGAGUCUUUAAAAGAUAGUUUCAUCAUAAAUUCCUCUUUUUUACAAAACACAGCAAAUCUUUUUACAAUUUUUAAGAUAAAGGAUGAAGUGUCGUGCAAAAAAAGUUUCUGUACCCAAUAUGCAAACUCUUUUUAACUUGUUUCACAACUGACCUGGAGUAAAUAUUCAAAGUUUGAUGGUUUGUCAGAGUGUAGAAUACGACAUAGCAACGGUUGUUUAGUUUCAGUUUGUAGCUGAUCGUUUUAAAAUGGAAAUUCCGAAAGCCAUUCAAGUGUUAGUGAUUCGAUGGAAAAUAGAUGGAUUAUCUAUAGAAAAAAUCAUUGAAAUCACUAACAAACCAAACUCUACAGUGCAGUAUAUUAUUGGAAGGUACCAAGAGCUUCAAACAUUUGGGGAUAGAGAUCAAUCCGGAAAGCCUCUGAUGUUAACUCGAUUGCAUAAAAGAAAUAUCAUGCUUAAGAUGUAAGAUAAUCCACGGAUUAAUGCACCUCAACUUGCAACUGAUUUAAUGGUUGAUUACAACAUUAAAGUCGCACCUCAAAUGGUGAGAAAUAUCAUUAAAAAAAGGUUAUAAAGGACGUGUGGCCCAAAAGAAGCCUGUUAUAAGUUUGCAGCAGGAAACAGUGUCUCAAGUUUAUAAAAAAGCAUAUAAGCAAGUCUCUAUCUUAUUGGAAUCUGUUCUUAAUAGAGAUUAAUCAAAGUUUAAUAUCCGUCGGGCAGAUGGUUUAGUUAUGGUCUGAAAGAAACCAAAGCAGCAUUUGUUAAGCAGUGUAAGAAUUUAUGUGGAAAUGUAAAGCACAGUGAUGACGAGAACAUGGUAUGGGGGUGUAUAAGUGCUGCUGGUAUCAGAAAAAUAUGUUUUAUCGAAGGAAAUAUGCAUAAGUACAUGUAUCUCAAUAUUCUAAAACAAAACUUUUUAACCAAUGCAGAAAAACUGUCCUUUUGAACUGAUUUUACUUUUCAACAGGACAACAAUCCUAAGUACACCUCCAAGAUUUGUCAAAAGUAAUGACUCUAUCAUGUUAAACAAUAGCUUCAAAGCCGUCCCCAGUCUCCCAAUUUAAUCACUAUAGAACAUAUAUGUGAAGAAAUCAGCUGUGAACUAAAAAAUAUCACACAAAGAACAAACUUGAACUCAAAAAGGCCAUUCAAGACAUUUGGAGCAAUAUUUUCCCAGAAACAACAACAAAAAAAGUUGUUGGGUUAGUCUCCACAUGUUUGAGAGAAGUGACAAAGGCCAAAGGAAGGCCUACCGAUCAUUAAAUGCAAGUUGGUCAAAAUGAAAAAGAUCUUUCAUGUCCAUGUAAAUACCGUACUGAAACUUUUUUGUUCCUUAUUAGUGGCAUUUUUUUAUUCUUUCAAUUUAUAUAUUUAAUUUUCUCUAUAUUUUUUCCUUAUAAUAUUCAUAAAUACUUAAUGAAAUUAUGUUAAACCAGUUUUAAAAUUUUUAUUUUCAUUACAAAAUAUUAUGUGUCAAAAAUUAAACUUUCUAUAACAGUCAUAGUUGCGUACAGAAACUUUUUUACCCAUUGUAUAUAUUUAAAUGUGUUUCUGAAUAAUGCAAUGAAGGAUUGUAUUGUAACAAAUGCAGAAUUGAAUGUAUUUCAGAAUACACUCUUUGCAGUUUUCUUCCACUCUAUCCAUUAAAUUUUUAAAAAAUUAAAGUGCAAUAUUUUUUUAUACUUGUAAUAUCGCAUUUUAGCAUUAUUUUAUCAACAUGAAUGACCAAAACAAUUAUUAUUCAAUCCAAAUGUAAUUCAAUUUUAAGUUUUGCUGCUCUGUUUUCCUAUAUAUAUAUAUUUUGAGAUUUGUAUUUCAAAUCAGCAUUAUUUAUGUGAAGUUUACAGUCGAGAUUAUCGCUGUAUAUGUACAUAUUGCUAAUCAUCCUGCAAGAUAUUUUAUUGAUAUAAAUAUCGAAUACUGUUUCAGCUAUUUUUGUGAUGGUACAGUUUUAGUGAUGUCAUGACUAUUUGACUGAUUAUUACUACCGGUGAAUUCUUUAAAAAUCAGACAGCUGUAUAUUAAAAGUGAGACAGUAAUUUGGAAUAAAUAUGUCUAUGUAUAAUAGAAAGCAUUGCCAAAUAUUUCUUUUUCUAUAAGAUAUAUUUUCCCUCGAAUUGAAUGUGAAUUCCUCUUUUGCUUAUGACUGUUGCAUACAUCUCAAUAAUUUUCAAAAAUUAAUUAAUGAGCAGCUUUUGCCCACCAAAUCUAACAUUAAAUUAUACAAUAUAAAUUUUUGCCAUUGUGGCCUGAAUCUUUCUUUUAUCUUUUUUUUUAUUGUACUUUUUCAUAUUUCUCUGAGAAAUGUUCUACAUUUUUCAUUACUGUUUGACUUCAGUGUUAUUGUUUCAUUUUCUUGGCCAUUUUAAAUCUUCAUCAAAGUUACAAAAAUAUAUAUUGUCUUUAUUACAUUAAUUUCUUCUUUUUGAAAUACAGUAAAUACUGAUCUAAAUUCAAUUUUGAUUAGUGUAUAUAAGAUUUCGGAUAUUAAGUCUAUAAUCUCCACAUCUGUUGUCUUGAAAAGUGAAACAAUCUUAUUAUAUAAGACCUAUUUUAUAUAUGUGAUCUAACUACUUUCAAAACUCAUUCUGUUUUAAAUUUGAUGAUCCUGAAUUAAACAUUUAAUUUGCUAAGAAUAAACAUUCAUUUAUAUUUAAAGUUAUUUAAAUUCAUUAAAGAAUUUAGUGGCUUUUGAAUUUUGCCAUUCUUUCCCCUAAAAAUGAAAAUUUAAAUAAUAUUAAAAUCUGUUUCUAGAUUUCCAAAGUGUCCCCUCCCCAUUAAACAACCUAUUAAUUUUUUUUAAAAGAUUUAUUUUUUCGAUAAAUUCAUUGCAAGGACAUAGAUUGCUGAUACUUUUGAUAAACACUAGUAUUAUACUCAAUCACUGUGAUGUUUAACAUCAAAUCCUAUGUUUUGCUCAUUACAGUCUAUAUUUCAAUGACUUUUCAGUUUUGUUUAUCUUAUGAUAAAAUACAAUUUUAAUGUCACAACAUUAAAUGAAUGUUUUCUUUAGUGAUAAUUGUUUUUGUAAAUUUUAUUAAAGAUUUUGUAAAUUUUGAUUUUAAAUUUAUUUUAAUAAUUUUUAUGUCUGUUAAAAUAAUAUUGUAACUUGGGCACCCUUUAUACUAUCAUAUAUGUAGUCUAUCUAUAUAUUUACUCUAUUGCUAAGAGGAGGUUUGAAAAUGUGAUAUAUGUUUUAUAACAAUGCUCAAAUCUGAAUGAUAGUUGCUCAACAUCAAUAAAUUUCAUUUAA